AUGUAUCGGGGUACUAUUCAGGGCCUUUACAUAGUACAUAUGCCGGAUCAGUCCCGCGAGCUGUGGGUCGCAAGGCUGAGUCAAAAGUUCAAAGCCGCGCCGUGGGCAUGGAUUUCAGAAGCGCGACCGUCGACGGCGGCGACGAGGGCCCCCUACAGGGAGGGUGAGGGGUCUAACAUCACUGUCGACGAGUACGUCGCGUCGUGUCGGGAGGGCUUCGAUCUUAUUCCUGAGGCGUUCAAGGGCGGGCCUCUUCUGCAGAAGCGAGACAUGUACGAGUCGAUCCUGGAUCGUGGCCAAGACAGUUCGCCGCUGGAUAACGUCCUCGUGCUGCAGGAUGAGUACAUGGCCAGGCAGUUCCCAGUCGAUCGUAUUUGA